GCGCCUGACUCAGUGUGCCCCGGGGCCUGUCCGACAAUCCUCCGCUCCGCCUGAGCUGGGGCGUGGGUUUUGGGCCCUCGGCAUCCGUCUGUGGACUGAGUUCAGUGUCUGACGCGGAGCAGUCGUGGCAGGCGCUCGGGAGGGCUGCCCUGGAGGGAGGCGGGGUGCUUCUGGGGCGCCAGCAUGGCGGCGGCCGUGCGCGCUGUGCGCUCCUUGCCUGCUCUGUGCGGAGUCCCAGCGGGUCACUUUUGGUCCAGGCAGCUUUCCCUAAGCGCCUUUCCAACGGCUUCUGUUUUGGCAUCCAAGACCACGGUGAUCGGCAAUGGCGCUUUGUCACCAUGGAACACUGGGGACGAUCAUCAUUUCACCUGCCUGAGCCGCCUGCUCCGGACACAGUGCUGUGUUUCUUCUCCCAGCAGCCUGCUGGGCCAGCAGUGUAGACCCUACAGUUUCUUCACUAAAUUGACGGCUGAUCAGCUGUGGAAAGGUGCAUUAGCAGAGUCUGGUGCUGGAGCAAGAAAAGGAAGAGGCAAGAGAACUAAGAAAAAGAGAAGAAAAGACUUGAACAGGGGUCAGAUUAUUGGUGAAGGGCGCUCUGGUUUCCUGUGGCCCGGCCUGAAUGCCCCUCUUAUGAAAAAUGGAGCCAUGCAGACCAUCGCCCAGAGAAGCAGGGAGGAGCAGCAGAAGGUGGAGGCGGACAUGCUGCAGCAGCGGGAGGAGUGGGAGCGGAGGAGGAAGGUCAAAGUGAAGCGGGAACGCGGCUGGAGCGGCAACACCUGGGGCGGCGUCAGCCUGGGGCCCCCCGACCCCGGCCCCAAUGGAGAAACAUACGAGGAUUUUGAUACCAGGAUACUAGAGGUAAGAAAUGUUUUCAAUAUGACAGCAAAAGAGGGAAGAAAGAAAUCGACCCGCGUCCUGGUCGCCGUGGGGAAUGGAAACGGUGCUGCAGGUUUUGCCAUUGGGAAAGCCAUUGACCGGAUGGACGCGUUCAGGAAAGCAAAGAACAAGGCGAUUCACUAUUUGCAUUAUAUAGAACGAUACGAGGGCCACACAAUUUUCCAUGACAUUUCCUUAAGAUAUAAAAGGACGCACAUCAAGAUGAAGAAACAGCCCAGAGGUUACGGCCUGCGCUGCCACCGGGCCAUCAUCACCAUCUGCCGGCUCAUUGGCAUCAAGGACAUGUAUGCCAAGGUGUCGGGCUCGGUCAACAUGAUCAACCUCACCUGCGGUGUCUUCCGAGGCCUAUCCCGCCAGGAAACCCAUCAACAGCUGGCCGAUAAGAAGGGGCUGCACGUGGUAGAGUUCCGGGAGGAAUGUGGCCCUCUGCCCAUCGUGGUCGCUUCCCCCCGCGGGGCCUUGAGAAAGGACCCAGAGCCGGAAGAAGAGGUUUCAGACGUCAAGCUGGACUGGGAGGAGGUGAAGGCUGCGCAGGGGAUGAAGCGCUCUGUGUGGUCCCGUUUGAAGCGCGCGGCCACCUGACCUUCCUCUGCCCGUCCUGGGCCUGGUGCCGUCCACACACCCCUCACAUCCUGGGGCCUUGCCUUCUUUCUUGCAGGAAAGCCCAACUGUAACGUCUUCUUUUACAAAUAAAUAAUAUUUGUGUAAUACAUAAA